AUGCGAUGCAUGAAGAAGAAGAAGAAGAAGAAGAAGAAGAAGAAGAAGAAGAAGAAGAAGAAGAAGAAGAAGAAGAAGAAGAAGAAGAAGAAGAAGAAGAAGAAGAAGAAGAAGAAGAAGAAGAAGAAGAAGAAGAAGAAGAAGAAGAAGAAGAAGAAGAAGAAGAAGAAGAAGAAGAAGAAGAAGAAGAAGAGGGGGCGCAGCGACGCCAGAUGA